AUGGAUGACUUUGAUCCAAACUGUCUUUUUCCACUAUGCACUCAGGCUCUGGCUUUGGGACACCUCCAUUGCUUUGUGACAAAGGUGUGGCUUGCGAAGGACCUCAGGAAAUCGGUGAAAAGGAGGCAUCCGUGGCUCUUCGACAGAGCCUUGCGGGGAACGCCAGAGAUACCAGCCGGAAGCCUUGUGGAUGUCUUCUGGAAGAAAGAGCUCUUGGCAUCCGGAUUCUACGACCCCCACUCACCCUUGCGUGUUCGCCUGCUGUGGUGGCCAGGAGAUCAACUGAGACCAGAUGUCAGCGCUUGGGCACCCAGCCUGGUGCGCCACGCGGCCGCAGAGCGACAAGAACUCGAACAGAAACGCUGUACUGGGCUACGGCUGCUGCAUGGAGAAGCCGACGGGACCCCCGGCCUCAUCCUGGACGUCUAUGGCUCGCUGGGCGUGUGCGGCUUCGAUGGCCGAGGGGCCGAGGCCUUUUGGCGCCCCAGGUAG